GAAGAGCAGCAAGAUGCUGCAGCACAUCGACUACCGCAUGCGGUGCAUCCUGCAGGACGGCCGCGUCUUCAUCGGCACCUUCAAGGCCUUCGACAAGCACAUGAACCUCAUCCUCUGCGAAGCUUCCGCGGAAGUCUUAGUCUCACCUAAAAAUUCAAAACAGCCAGAGCGGGAAGAGAAACGAGUCCUUGGUCUUGUGUUGCUGCGAGGAGAAAACCUGGUGUCCAUGACAGUUGAAGGACCACCUCCAAAAGAUACUGGAAUUGCCCGGGUACCUCUUGCUGGAGCUGCUGGAGGACCUGGAGUUGGGAGAGCAGCAGGGAGGGGAGUCCCAGCUGGUGCACCGAUGCCACAGGCUCCAGCAGGAUUAGCUGGCCCUGUCAGAGGAGUGGGAGGACCAUCCCAACAGGUGAUGACACCUCAGGGUCGUGGAACAGUUGCCAUAGCAGGAGCCCCAACUCAAUACACACCAGGGCGUGGGGGUCCUCCCCCACCCAUGAGCAGAGGUGCACCUCCUCCAGGAAUGAUGGGACCUCCUCCAGGCAUGAGACCACCUAUGGGCCCACCAAUGGGAAUGCCACCUGGCCGAGGUGCUCCUAUGGGAAUGCCCCCACCGGGCAUGAGACCACCACCCCCAGGCAUGAGAGGACCCCCUCCACCUGGCAUGCGUCCACCAAGGCCGUAAGAUACUCUAUAACGUAUCUUUGAAAUGUGAGAAGACCGAUUAAGGGAAUAUACCGAGCAGUACCACCCGUCAAAACUUUGCUAUGUAUAUUUUAUAUCUACUGCCUGUGAAGUUUGCCCUUUUUAAUAAAGUUGGA